CCUCGUCUACAGCUCUUGAGGACCUGGACCAAGACUUAGGAGGGACACUGAGCUGACUGAUUGAGCACCGGGGACUUCCACGCCGCGCGUAAUGACGCUUUACAUCGCUUCCUCGGGGUUUUUAGAGGAUGAUGCGCGCAAGCAUUCGAAGUGAAUUCUGAACCAGCUCUCCAUCCCUCGAGGCACCAUGGCGAACCAGAACCUGACUUCAUCCUGCUCACCUUUCACAAGCGACCACUGCAAAAAAGUUUUCGUGCGUUUUCAAAGAACUCUUUAGUUUUCUAACGACUCUCUCUUAACAUAUCCCGUGUUUUUUAUUGACGUCCCCUGCGCACAUUUGAGAUCGGCUUUUUCCGCUAUCCGCUCCCAGACAUGCAGAGCCGUAGUGCGCCGGGGAGCUGGGCCGGUCGGUCCGCGGCGCGCUCCUGCUUGCUGCUGCUCUUGAUCCACACGAGCGCACAAGUGGGGGAGAGGAGCCCAAACGGCGGUCGGGCGCAAAGUCGGCGAGCGCAGCACCAGCAGCAGCUGCUGGCGCACAGGGAGCGGGUGGAUGGAGCAGAGAGCUUCCCGUUGGACUUCACGGCCGUGGAGGGCAACAUGGACAACUUCAUGGUACAGAUAAAGAACUUGGCGCAGUCGCUGUACCCGUGCUCUGCGCAGAAGCUGGAUCAAGACAUGAAGUUGCACUUUUUGAAGAACGCAACCGUGACUUGCAACGACGGGUCAUCAGCGGGGUACUACAUCAAGGAGUCUAAAGGCAGCAAGAGGUGGCUGCUGUUCUUAGAAGGUGGAUGGUACUGUUUUAACAGGCAGUCCUGUGACAGCAGGUAUGAGACAGUGAGAAGACUGAUGAGCUCCACCAAGUGGCCGCAAACCAGAACGGGAACAGGAAUCCUGUCUCCUCAGCCGGAGGAAAACCCUCACUGGUGGAACGCCAACGUGGUCUUCAUCCCGUACUGCUCCAGUGACGUGUGGAGCGGAAACACACCGAAGACCAAUCACAGUGACUAUGCGUUCAUGGGGUCUCUGAUCAUUCAGGAGGUGGUGAAUGAGCUGCUGACAAAAGGUCUGGACAACGCUAAGGUCCUGCUUCUGACAGGAAGCAGUGCGGGCGGUACAGGUGUCCUGCUGAACGUGGACCGCGUUGCGGAGCAGCUGGAGUCGCACCGCGGGCUGCAGGUCAGGGGCCUGGUUGACUCCGGGUGGUUCCUAGACAACAAACAGUACAAGUUCACGGACUGCAUGGACACCAUCAGCUGUGACCCCACUGAGGCCAUCAAGAGAGGCAUCAGGUACUGGGGCGGUUUGGUGCCAGAGAGCUGCAGACAGGUCCACGUGGGAGAAGAGUGGAACUGUUUCUUUGGAUAUAAAGUCUUCCCCACGUUAAAAAGCCCGGUGUUUGUGGUGCAGUGGCUGUUUGACGAGGCCCAGCUGACGGCUGACAACGUCCACCUGACCGGGCAGCCGGUCAACGAGGGCCAGUGGAGAUACAUACAGAACCUGGGACAGGAGCUGAGGAGCACGCUGCGCCAAGUGCCGGCGGUGUUUUCUCCGGCCUGUCUGUCGCAUGAACUCAUUACUAGAACCUACUGGACGGACAUUCAGGUUAAAGGCACCUCUCUGCCCAGAGCCCUCCACUGCUGGGACCGAAGCCUCCAAGGCAACAACCACGUCAACGGCAGCAAACGAGCCCACGGGACGCCCCCGGCCAGAGGUUGCCCACUGCAUUUGAUGGACAGCUGCCCGUGGCCUCACUGCAAUCCCUCCUGCCCGACCAUUCGUGACCAGCUGACGGGACAGGAGAUGAGCGUCAUCCAGUUCCUGAAGCACAUGGGCUUCGACGUGCAGAAGAUGGCCCAGCAGCAGGGGAUGGACCCCAGGGAGCUGCUGGGCAUGCUCAGUAACGGGAGCUGAGGGGCUUUUUUUCGUCGGUGCAGAAAGGUGAGGGCUUCUUGCUGGCGUGAGAUGCUGAACGUAGAUGGAGGACAGCAGGAGCAUGAACGUUGUACUCUAGAGAGAAAACUGCCAAUACUUCCAAUCUUGUCUUCUAUCAACAGCAAACAAGACUCAAAACAGCACAAGUGCCCGAUGAGUUCGGUGUUGUUAAGCUGUUGAAACUCAACAUAUGGGCUCACUUGUUUUAACACACAGAUAUGUUCUGAAGACAUGCAAUUAAUGUGAGAUGUACACAAAGACAAAGGGGGUUACGAUGUUUGUAGUACACCCACUUUGUUGAUAAGAGUUGAUAAAUCCCCACCAGAGAGAUACACCUGCUGCUGUUACCACCAGCAUUCAAAUAUGCUGCUUUUCUCAUUUUGAAAAAAUAUUAUUUAACGGGGUAAUAUUAAGCUGUUGUAAUACUAAUAAAAGGUAUAAAUAUUAAGAUUAUUACAUUGAUCUUCAGGGUACUUGAAAGUGAAGAAAUAUAUAUUUUUCUACUGAGAAUAUCUAGUCUACUGUAUCUUCCGAUCGGAUCCAUUUAUCUACUGUAACAGUAUCGCCAUACAUUUUACUUUUGUAUUUGCAUGUUUACUUGAUAUAUUGUAAGUAACCAUAUGUACUAUUAAUGCCAAUAGUAUAAAUUAUAUCCAUAUCAUUUUGACUGUUUUUGUUCUUGUGCUGUAGUGGUGCUCACACUUAACAUAAGUAAUACAAAUACACACUGAGAUGAUAAAACAUUAUUUAAUCACUACAGUAUGACAAUACAGUUGCCUCUAAACAGAAAAACUCAUUUUCAGUUUUAUUCUACUCUGAUCCACAACAUUCAAACUUAACCUCAUAUAAAACAUGCAUACUAAUAAAAGAAUUUAGAAAAUGUAAAGCAUUUAGAAACCUUGCAGACAGAAAGGUUUAUACACAAGAAAUGAUAAAAAUGUUUUGUUCACAGUUGAUACGAAAGUGCUUUUACGAGAGACGACUGAAAUCUAUGUGAACUGAUUGACAUCAGUAAUUCUGUAACAGGCAUUUCAUCUAUAAACAGCACCGUAUAAAGCACA